UGGUUUCCGCGCCGAUCGAGAUGGCCACCACAAGCUGCGACAAUAAACCGAGCGAACAGCAGACAGAUGAGGGAAUGGAAGCGGACAGGUCAAUGUUGAGGUCAAACAGUGGGAGCGGAGAUGAUUCCCUGGAUGGCCUCUCAAAUCAUGCCCCCCGCUGUCCUUUGACCCCUUCGUUGUCUCCACGAAAACGGACCACAAGUCAGUCUAAGACGGAGCCCCCUCUUCUGAGGACCAACAAGAGGACCAUUUACACAGCAGGCAGACCGCCUUGGUACAACGUCACCGGGACCACCUUCAAAGAGGCCUUUGUCAUUGGUCUGUGUGGAGGAAGUGCCUCUGGAAAAACCACAGUUGCCAAUAAGAUAAUUGAGGCGCUGGAUGUUCCCUGGGUGGUUCUUCUUUCAAUGGACUCUUUCUAUAAGGUGUUGAAUAAAGAAGAGCAGGAGCUGGCUGCUAAAAAUGAGUAUAACUUUGAUCACCCUGAUGCCUUUGAUUUUGAACUGCUGAUUACCGUCCUUAGAAAGCUGAAGAAAGGAAAAAGCAUCAAAGUGCCAGUCUACGACUUCACCUCUCACUGCAGGCGCAAAGAAUGGAAAACGGUGUACGGUGCUAAUGUGGUCAUCUUUGAGGGCAUCUUGGCCUUUGCCAACAAGGAGCUGCUAAAGCUUUUGGACAUGAAGGUGUUUGUAGAUACAGAUUCAGACAUCCGCCUGAUACGGAGGCUGAAGAGGGACAUCUCACAACGUGGACGGGACAUCAGCGGCAUUAUCAAGCAGUACAAUAAAUUUGUAAAACCAGCAUUCGAACAGUACAUUGAGCCCACAGUGCAGGUUGCUGACAUCGUGGUUCCCAGAGGUGGAGAGAACUUUGUAGCUUUGGAUUUGAUUGUUCAGCAUGUCCACAGCCAGCUGGAGAAGAGGAAGCUCCGCUGGGAUAUAUCGGCUCUGGCCUCGGCUCACCAGGGUCAGCCUUUACCCAAAACCCUCAGCGUGCUGGAGAGCACGCCGCAGGUCCGCGGCAUGCACACCAUCAUCAGGAACAAGGAGACAAACCGAGAUGAGUUUAUCUUCUACUCCAAGAGAUUAAUGAGGCUACUGAUCGAACACGCUCUCUCCUUCCUGCCUCUCAAGCCCAUAUCUGUUGAAACGCCUCAGGGUGGAGUGUAUGAGGGAAAGAGGUUGAGUGGUAAAAGAAUCACAGGAGUUUCUAUCCUGAGAGCUGGAGAGACCAUGGAGCAGGCUCUGAUGGCUGUAUGUAAAGACAUCCGACUUGGAAAGAUCCUCAUUCAGACCAACCACGACACAGGAGAACCGGAGCUUCACUACCUUCGUCUUCCUAAAGACAUCAGUGAAGACUACGUCAUCCUGAUGGACAGCACGGUCUCCACUGGAGCGGCUGCUCUCAUGGCUGUCAGAGUUCUGCUGGACCACGAUGUACCCGAGGAUAAAAUCUUCCUGUUGUCCCUGCUGAUGGCUGAGAUGGGCGUCCACUCUGUGGCCUACGCUUUCCCUAAAGUCCGCAUCAUCACCACCGCUGUGGACAAGGAGGUCAACGACCAGUUCCACAUCAUACCAGGCAUUGGUAAUUUUGGAGAUCGUUACUUUGGUACCGACGCUCCGUCGGAUUGGUGUGAAAGCGAUGAAGGGAUGGACUUCUGAGGAGAUGAAGAAGAGGAGGGUUUGUUACAAAAGCACUGAGCCAUGAAAAGUCUAAGAACUUCUUGCCUCAUCUGCUCUACUCCAUCGACGUCCUCCCGACCACUGAGGUGAUGCUGCAUAAACUGCUUCCCAUUCAGACCAGUAGAGUGAGCUUUACUGAUGCUUCAACUGCUUCAGCUCGUGUAAAUGGGGCCAAAGUUCGGAGCGUUGCCUGUUCUGCAGGAUGUCUUUUGGUUGUGAAACUUUUUUGACUUCGACUGGCUUCCAGAAGACCAUUUCAGUUACAACUCAUGUUACUCCUGUUACUUUAUAAAACGGUGAAUUCGUGGUUUUAAGGAAAUGUUGCCAGGGGUGUUUUUGUGCCGAGAUAAAACUUGAGAGAAGAUAUUUAAUUCACGUACUGUUCUUUUACUGGAAAGACCUUCAACUCUGCAGGUGUCUUCCAGGAUUUUGCACAGUAAGUUUCUUUAGGUCAAAUAUUACCAAUAAAUCAUUUGAUAUUGAUUCAGAAAAAGUUUGCUGGCCAGAUUAAAUACAUUUAUUUUAGUGUUUAAUCAGUCGGUGUUAAUCUAAUUUGUUGUUUUGCACUAAGAUGUUACCUAGAAAGAAAGCAGCAUUUCAUCAUUUAAUAUAAUUACCUAUAACGAGUGUUUGGUUUUAGGUAAUAGACCGCAUCUAGUUAGCAGUGUACUGUGAUGUUUUGUUUUGAAGCUUUGCAGCGCAGCAGAAGCUGCAGCUGCCUGUACUGUAAACUUGUUUUCUCAGGCAACUUUCACCAAAAGGGACAACAGAGACCUUUACUUGAAGAAGAAGACCACUGACCAUUGAUAACAUCAAAGACUUGCUCUAUUUUCGUCUGUUUAUUUGCCUUUUUCUUUCUUUUUUUUAAAUAAUUGCCUUUGAUUUUACUGUGUGCAGUUCCCAUGGCAAUAACUUUAAAGUGAUUUAUUUUAUUUUUGUUUUAGAAGAAAGUAUCUGUAACGGAGCUUUGAGUCAGAAUAUACUAAGCAAAUACUUUAAAUUGCUUUGCCUUUCAAAGUACGUAUUCAAAGUGUCUUCAUAAGACAGUCAAAUUAAAUGUUGACUAUAAAUUUUGUUGUGUAAAAUAAAUUUUGUGUAAAAUCUCAGUAGCAUUUUAUUUGUUAACUCAUCUAAUUUGGAAACUGGCCUUGUUGGGCCUAUACUUGCUGCUGUGUUGUCCUUUUUUGUUUUUAUUUAUUUAUUGUGUUGUUUACAGGGGAUUUGCAUAUUCAGUUUUUUACAUAAAUUCAGCUCAUGCAAUGGAUAUACUUUAUUUUUUCCUUUUGAAACAUUUUGCAGACAUUUCAUACACAUUUUAAAAAUGGGCCUUACUAAAUGAAUAGCUUAACUUGUCAAAUAUGGGUUUAGUAAGCAUAAAAAAAGAGUUUCCUUUCCAGGUGCUCUGCUCUAGGUUCUUGUUACUUUACCUGCUUGUAGAUUUAACCUCUGCAUGUUACUGUGCUCCAGCCAGUUAUUUAUGGAGAAUAGUCCACAGUAACACCACUGUUUACAUUCAGCUGUCAUAUGUUUAUGGAAACUUUAAAAGACAUCACAUAUGUCUAAUUAAAAGCAGAAUUCAACUUUGUGAAAGCUAACAACCUGACAAACUUUUCAAAAAACAGUGAUCCUAAUAUGUACCUCUACAGACUGGUUAAAAUAAACUAAUAAGAGAAAUGGCAGGAUUCUGUUUAGGUGCUGUGGUAGGCUGUGCUGUUGUAAAUUAAAAGUUAUAUGUGCUGUAAUGAAUAUAAAUUGGUUUUGUUUUUGUAAGUGCUGUCUGUACAGAAUAAAAGAAUUUAUAUAUACUUGAAAAAA